AGCUUUCCACAGUUUGCAUUCCACGUUUCAUUCCUCACAUAGUUUACGAAAGACGCUUGGAACGCCAAAAAUCUUUGUUAAAAAGCUGAUUUCUGACGUAGAUUUUCGAUUUUUUGAUUACCAUUUAGUGCCUUGGGUUUUCAUAUUAUUAUUUGAUGUUGAGGAGCAUGAGGUAGUGACAUGACCGACAGUUGGAAUCAGAGUAGCCAAGGAGGGGGAAACCUCUCUGACGAGGAUCCCGGCAAUGAUGCUGAAGGAGUCUGGAGUCCGGAAAUCGAACAAAGUUUCCAAGAAGCAUUAGCAAUCUAUCCUCCAUGCGGAAGACGAAAAAUUAUCUUAUCCGACGAAGGCAAGAUGUAUGGUCGUAAUGAACUCAUAGCAAGGUAUAUUAAGCUUAGGACAGGAAAAUCCAGAUCAAGAAAACAGGUAUCUAGCCAUAUACAAGUAUUAGCCAGGCGCAAGGCCAGGGAGCUCCAAGCGAUGUGCAAGGUGUCGAGUCAUAUGCAAGUACUUGCGAAGCGCAAGUCCAGAGAUGUCAAACGAACCAUAAAGGAUCAAGCAGCAAAAGAUAAAGCUCUUCAAAGUAUGGCUGCAAUGUCGUCUGCUCAAAUUGUCUCCGCUACCGCCAUUCAUAAUAAAGCUGUACCGCACAGUUUACCCGGUAUUAUUGGACCGUCACCUUUACGAUCACCUUAUAACACUGGUGCACCGCUUUGGAAUCCAGCUUUGCCCCAAGCAGGCCCAUCACAAGAUCACAAACCUUUCCAGCCUUACCCACAACAAACAACCGAGUAUACAUCUGCACCACCCCCACCAAAUAGUGCACCCCCGGCCUGGGAAGGUCGUUCCAUAGGUACACGCAAGCUUCGACUUGUAGAGUUCCAAGCAUUUUUGGACUAUCAAAGAGAUCAAGAUAAUUAUGCGAAACACCUUUUUGUACACCUUGGUUCAAAUGUCAGCUAUUCGGACCCAAUGCUAGAAUCUGUUGAUAUCCGUCAAAUAUAUGAUAAGUUUCCAGAGAAGAAAGGAGGGCUAAAAGAACUCUAUGACAAAGGCCCACAGGAGGGUUUUUAUUUAGUCAAGUUUUGGGCUGAUCUUAAUUCAAAUAUGACGGAAGAUGGCAAUGCAUUUUAUGGAGUAACAAGCCAGUAUGAAAGUUUGGAGAACAUGACAAUCCAAUGUUCAACUAAAGUAUGCUCUUUUGGAAAACAAGUGGUUGAAAAAGUUGAGACCGAAUAUGCAAGAUAUGAGAACAACCGUUUUGUAUUCAGAAUACACCGGUCACCUAUGUGCGAAUACAUGAUCAACUUCAUACAUAAACUGAAGCACCUGCCAGAGAAGUACAUGAUGAACAGUGUCUUAGAAAAUUUCACUAUUUUACAGGUUGUAUCGAACCUUGAGACUCAGGAAACAUUACUCUGUAUAGCAUACGUAUUUGAAGUAUCCACUAGCGAACACGGAGCUCAACACCAUAUCUACCGAUUGGUCAAGGAUUAAGUGCAUCUAGUUUUCAGAGCUGGUUGUUAAGCAACCAAAGUUUUAAAUCUUUAUUCUACCCGGCAACUGAUCAAAUAGUCGGAUAAUGUGAAAAGAAAGUUUUUAAACAAAAUUUAAAUAAAAACAGUGUUGACUUGCAACUAUAUUAGCUGAUGCCUCUGGCUUAAAGUGCUAGCUGUCAAAUGAUUCUCUAUCACAAGAAUAAACUCUUGCAAGUGUUCUGUGGUGUAUUUCUUUGAGAAAUCUGCUUUGCUGCAGUACAUGCUUAUAUAAGCAGUUAUAUAAAAAUUAUUUUUUGGAAAAUCUCCAUUAUGUACCUUGAGAGAAAGGUGCCCUCUAUAUCCCAGGAACAUGUAUUGUCAACCUCGCUCAUUCAGGAAAUGUACGCUCAGCCUCAUACCCUAGAAGUAGCAGUGUCAUUUAUAAGAGGAGGUGGGUAUCCUUUGAUUUGCUUCCCUUGGGUCAGAUGCUGAGGUCAACUCGAUGUCAAGGGAAUUUAGAAAGAAUUGCCGCAGAUGUUCAAAGCUGGACACAUCUGGUGGAUGGAGCAGAUGGUGUGACCGCAUCCUAAUCUCUAUCAAAACAUGUUUCUUAAUUGUCCCUUAUCUCUACCAGAUUCAGAAUCAUGCAAUAGAAAUUAUAUUGUUAGUGAUAGGUGCUGACCUUAAGUGACCAAUUAAAUGACAGGCUAGUUGUCAUGUGAUUGUUUCAUGUUAAUAUUAUUGGUUAGUUCAUUUCACAGCCAGGGUUCCAUAGGUAGGAAGUCUGCUUUAAAAAGUUUGUGCCUUUAAACUGAUAAGUUUAGCAAACCAACGUGUCCUAUGUUGACAAUAGGUUACAGUAUCUAGUGUAUUGAUGUUGUAGGUGCCUAUUUAAAACCCCGGUAUAUUCUUCAAUAGUGCCUUGAUUAAGAGAGAAUGAAAUUAUUUGUUUUCUGUUGAGUAAUAAUAAUCCAAUCAUUCUCAUAAUUUCUGUGAACCUUUGAGGGUAUAAAUUAAACUAAAAAUGGGAACUUGCAUAAUUUUAAAAUAAUAGAACGUAUCAAUUUCCGUCCUUCUGAUGACUUUCCCUUUACAAAACUUGGUUAACUUUGCUCAAAUGUUUUCCAAUUCACCUUGAUUAAGAACCAGUGAAAAAAAGGACAUGAAAAGUGCACAAAAUCACUCCUUAAGCCGGCAGAAAAACCUUGGUUUUAGUUUAUUUAAAUUGCAAAAUUGUAUUUAAAUAUAUCAUUUUUUAAUCAACUGGUCAAAAUAUCACUUAAUACUUUAUAAUUCCCAUCCAAAUAAAUUGGGAUUUUCCCUAUCAUGUGAUGUACUAUUAUUAUAUGAUGUCCUAGUUCAGUGGUUUUGCGUGUUCUCAAAUUUCUUUGAGACAUGAAAAAGUUCCAAUAAUAUUAUAAUAUAUUUACUAUUUAAGAAUAAGUUGCUCAAAGUUGAUUUUCAUUCCCAAAAUAAUAAAAUGAAUUAUUUAUUAAUAUUUAAUAUUAAUAAUAAAAUAUAGUGUAGUCAUGGAGACAAUUAUAGAUCAAAGUUUGCUAAUGAAAUAGUGAUUGGUCUUAUUGUAUACUAUUAUUACCUGUUGCUAAUGGUGUUCCCAUAAGGCUGUCCAAGUGUCUUACCUGUGUGCCCCCACUGACAUAUACUGUACCGUAACCAAUGAUUGAGAUGCAAGGUAGUAAAUUAUAUACCCAAUUAUGCACGAAUGUUAAACUAGUUUUUUGGAUUAUAUUCCAAAAAUGCAUGUGGACAGCGAGAACGUAAUGAGAUAAGUUUAUAGGAUGUGUUUUUGUAUUGUAAAAAGUGUAACAUAUCAACUAUGUAUUUAGGCUCCUACAGAAAAGAAACUUUUUAGAUUUUUGUAUUGAUAAUCUAUGAUAAUGAUAAUUAAAAUAAUAAUACAAUGUUAGAUAGUUAUGAACAAUCUUUCAGUAGGAAAUUUCCCUAUUUUUACAAAAAAAAAAGGAAACACGAGAAAACAUACAUAAAUAUUGAUGUUUUAUGAAUUAAAAAAAUGCUGGUACUUAAGUUUAUUGAAAAGAACAAUUUCCUACUCUGCCUUUGAUUGUAUUUUCUAAUUAUAGAGUCCUUCAUUUAAUGAAUGUGAUAAUGCAUUUAUGUUAUAAAUGUGUUCAGUGAGAAUAUUGGGUAACAUGGAACAUGUAGAAAGUCUAGCAUGAAAAUGUGAUGAUCAUAACAUAAACUAGGAAUGCUUAAUAAAAAGUUAGUGAGAACUACAAAGUGAAAGAAAUUGAUUCCUUUACCCCACACUUUUAACUAAUGAUUAUGCAAUAUUUUCAAUCUGCUGUUUAUGAGGUGUUCACUAUCUAAUUAUGUAGUGUCAAUCACCUAAGAUGUUAAUGUUACAAUCCGAAACGACAGGUAGAAUCCCAAGCGAUCCAUUCCUAAUAACUAUUCUAUCCCAAAUGUUUUACUUUCCACAAUUAUCAGUAUUUGGUUACAAACAAAAAAAGAAACAUUUAGACGCAACUUUUGUAUUUUGAUACUAGUCCCUUUAUUCUGGGAGAUUUAUCAUAAGCGAUGAAAAAAUGAAAGGUCCUUGGCUGAGAAAUGGAGGAAGGAAAAAAACAAUGUGGUGUGAAUUUUGAAUUUGCUCCUAAGUUAUUGAUUCAUCUGUUUGUUUUUUCCAUUCUAAUUAAAUGCCUUGUCCUCAGUAAUAUUGAUUAUUGUUAGAUUCCAUCAACAGAGUCAAUAUAUAUAUUUCAAAUAUAUAUCUUUAAAAAAAGUACCUGAUUAAUUUGGAGUGAUUGUUAUAAGUACUGUAGUAGAGGAGCCUUUUUAUCAUAAGUUCAACUCAAAAUUAUCAAAGUUAUGUUAUGAUAUUUAUUGAGCAUUUUUAAACCAAAUGCGGUCUUUCAAGAUCAUGUUAAAACAGCACAAUUCAUGUCUUUGUUUUUAAUUCAGAAAAUGAAGUAGAAAAAGACGAAUGAAUUUAACUGCUGGUACUGUAGAUGCAUGUGCCUGUUACUCCAAAAAGUGUUCCUUGCAUGAAACUUUUUAAAUAAUUUCAUUUUGUAAAUAUGUAUCUAAGUUUUAUUCUUUCGUUUUUAUAAUACAAGUGCUGUUUUAUAUGGUUAAGUCUGAGUUGGAUCAAGUAGAUAUUUUGUGUUUCAUACACAGCUGUAUAAAUAACAAAUACGGUGAAAACUGCAUAAUAACACUCACAGGAGGUGAGUGUGAAGAAAAAUGCUACACGGCUGUUGCUGUGACAAGUAAACUGGUUACUUAACUUUGUUUCCAAAACAUUCAAUUCCAUGAUAUAGUCAAGCGGUUCAGAUUUUGUCCGUUGCAAAAUUAAGUUGGCGGGAAAAGGGGUCUGUAACAAUCUUUAUCUUUCCCAUUUAUUUCUAUUUGGAUUCAUUUCUGAUUUUGCCUUAUGUACAUUUACCAUAUUUAAAUUCUUUCUCAAAUACUGUACUACCAUUUUUAGGUUAUUAUAUACUCUACUAAAUCAUAUGUAUUUUGUUUUAAGGUAUUUUUUGCAAAUGUGUCAUGGUUUUCUUUAAAUCAUCAUCCAUUUUAAUCACUUAUGAAUUUCAAAAUAUCAAGGAACAGCCUUACAUUUGAUUCUUCUGAAAUAACUUGCGCUAAUUUCAUGCAUUUGUGUUAACUAUGAUUGUUUAUAUCAAAUUCACUUUAGAUUAUCUAAAAAUAUAGUGGAGUUGAAAUCUAAGGUGUGUAUUCAGAUCAUAUAAAUAUAUUCAUCUUUUCAGCCAACUACCUUGAUACAUGUACACAUAAAAGUGUGUGUACAUGCAAGUGGCAUUUACAUGCAUAAAAUUAAAUAUACAUGUGAAUCAAAAGUCUGCUCAAUAUUUUUUUAAAUCAAAAAAAUUUAGAUUAUAGAAAAUAUAAUUUCUGUAUUCAAAGUGUAUUCUUAAACAAUGUUUAUUUUCAUAAUUGUUAUUUUUGAGCUGCAGAAUACUAAUAAUUUUAUGAUUUAUGAUAACUUAGUAGGUUUGUCAUUAUUCCAUGCCUUAUAAAUUUUUAAUUAUUUUUAAAGUGUAUCACAAUCUCUGCUAAAAACAACAAAAAAGAAAAUGUGUGCGUCUGUGAUGAUGUCAUGCUGAUGUUAUCCAAUGAAAAAGCAUGUUAUGAACAGUUAAUAAGCUGGAUACAAGUAGGGAAGUUUUGGCCCUCUCAUGGGUAUACCUUGACCAUGGUUUGCUUGGAAUAAAAUCUGUAUAAGAAACAA